AUGCGCGCAAGUAUGAUGCCUUCUUCGCCACUGGCAUCACACCUUUCCUCAUCCACCAUCGCCCAAUCCCACCACCGCAAACACCCCACCUUCUUAAUCCCCGCCGCCUCCCCGCCUCCGCUGCGCAGCCAAUACACCACACCGGACACCCACCAGUCCCCGCCUCUCAAACCCAAAACCAUCCGUUUCCGCCUCAGCCAGCUCUGCCAUCAAGGCCAGCUCAACCUCGCCCGCCAACUGUUCGACGCUAUUCCCCAACCAACUACAGUUCUCUGGAACACUCUCAUCAUAGGCUACGUUUGCAAUAACAUGCCCAAUGAAGCUAUAUCCUUGUAUUCACGCUUGCUUUACGCUCUUACCUCCUCAAUUGAUCGAAAAUGCGACGCUUAUACAUAUUCCUCUGCUCUCAAAGCUUGCGCGGAGGCGAGGCAGCUCUCUAUUGGCAAAUCUGUUCACGCCCGUGUCUUGAGAUGCGAUGUGAAUUCUAGUAGGAUUGUUUACAAUUCUUUGUUGAACAUGUAUGCUUCCUUUGUGGGGAUUGAUUUGGUAGAGAGGUUGUUUAGGGCUAUGCGAAGGCGAAAUGUGGUUUCAUGGAAUACUAUGAUUGCUUGGUAUGUGAAGAAGGGGAUGUUUGUGGAGGCAAUUAGGUGUUUGGUGAUGAUGAUGAGAAUGGGGGUUACACCUACGGUGGUUAGUUUUAUCAAUGCCUUUCCGGCCGUUUCGGGUUUAGGUGAUGUAGAUGUUGCUGACACUGUUUAUGGGAUGGUUACUAGAUUGGGUGGCGAAUAUGUUGAUGAUUUGUUUGUUGUGAGCUCUGCUAUUACUAUGUAUGCAGAGCUUGGCUGUGUUCAUAUUGCUCGGAAGAUAUUUGAUAACUGCUUGGUCAAGAAUGCACAUGUUUGGAACACUAUGAUUGGUGGUUACGUGUUGAACAACCGGCCAGUUGUGGCAUUGGAGCUGUUUAUUGAUGCAUUGGAGUCGCAAGAUGGUGGUGGUGAUGUGGAUGAUGUGACUUUUCUUUCAGCUUUGACUGCAGCUUCCGAGUUGCAGCAGUUGGAAGUUUCAAAGCAGCUGCAUUCGUAUUUGAUCAAGAAGUCGUUGGUUUCCUCUGUUAUUCUAGUUAAUGCGCUUGUAGCUUUGUAUGCCAAGUGCAACUGUAUUGGUGAUUCGUUCAAGGUUUUUAGUGAGAUGCAGGAGAGGGAUGUAGUGUCGUGGAACACUAUGAUCUGUGUUCUUGUGCAGAACGGCUUGGAUGAUGAAGGGUUGAUGCUCGUGUAUGAGAUGCAGAAGCUAGGGUUUUCAAUUGAUGAUGUGACAAUCACUGCUAUACUCUCUGCAGCGUCAAAUCUUGGAAACCGGGACAUUGGGAUACAGAGCCAUGCUUAUCUGAUUAGACAUGGGAUUCAGUUCAGUGGGAUGGAGAGUUAUCUCAUUGACAUGUAUGCAAAAUCGGGUUUGAUGGAAGCUGCAAAGACGGUCUUCAAUUUGUAUUGCAAACCUAGUAGUGAUCCAGCCGUGUGGAAUUCCAUUAUCUCCGCGAGCACGCAAAAUGGAUUGAUUGAUGAGUCCUUGCAUGUUUUCAGGCGGAUGCUAGUGGAGAAUGUAGUACCGAAUGCUGUGACCAUGGCAUCAGUUCUCCCAGCUUGCAGCCAGUCAGGAAGUCUGGCUGUUGGAACUCAACUCCAUGCUUUUGCAAUUCGCCAUUUCUUGGACGAAAACGUCUUCGUGUGCUCUGCUCUGGUGGACAUGUACUCAAAGUCAGGGGCAUUUGUUUACGCCGAGAGGGUUUUCUCAAAAUCGACUGAGAAAAACUCAGUCACCUGCACGAAUAUGAUCUUGGGAUACGGUCAGCAUGGGAUGGGAGAGAAAGCUCUCGAACUGUUCCACUCCAUGAAAGAACUUGGCAUCAACCCCGAUGCCAUCACCAUUUUAGCAGUGUUAUCUGCUUGCAGCUACACAGGUCUGAUCAAUGAAGGGCUCAAGAUAUUUGAGUCUAUGGAGGGUGAGUAUGGGAUAAAGCCCUCGAUGGAGCAUUAUGCUUGCGUUGUGGACAUGUUGGGAAGAGUCGGGAGGGUGGUUGAGGCAUAUGAGUUCGCUUGGAGAUUGGGGAAAGGAGGCAAUGUAUUGGGGAUCUGGGGAUCACUCCUUUCUGCGUGCAGAAUCCAUCAAGAGUUUGAGCUGGGAAAGGUUGUUGCUGAUAAGCUGCUCGAGUUAGAAGGACCAGAUAGGGCUACAGGCUACCGCGUCCUGCUUUCUAAUAUACACGCGGAGGAGGGGAACUGGGAAGGUGUAAAGUCGACGAGGAGGGAGAUGCUGGAGAAAGGUCUGUCGAAGGAGGUCGCCUGCAGCUGGAUCGACGUCUAUGGUUACUCUAAUUGCUUUGUAUCCAGAGACAGAAAGCAUCCCCAUUGUGAUGAGAUAUAUGACUUGUUGAAGCAUUUGUCUCCCAAUAUGAAGGAUUUUGGCUUGGCGCCGUCUAUUGUAUGUGGCGAAUGGUAGGGUUCGCGGUUGCAGAGGCUCGACUCAAUAGCGUUGAAGAUGCAACCAGCGGUCUCUGAGAAUGGAACCGGAGACUAGGACAGAAGCCGACAAUGUGGAGAAAUAUAGAGCAUGAGUGAUGAGUCUCGUGGUUUGAUCAGCUCCAGUGGCAGCAGUUGGUCGGUGUCAUCAUGAGCCGCCCAUUUUCAUGGAGACGAGGAGGGAUUUAGGGUUUAUGGUUUGAGGUGAUUGCCUGCUGCUAUACUGCCAGUUCCAGUUCCAGUUCCAGUUCCAUGGAGGUGGGGAUUGAUAAGAAUAUUAUGAUGUUGACACUUAAGUUGAUUUGGCUUUUAGUCAUAAGAUGGUGUGUAGUAGUUUACCCCAAGCCACUGUCAAAACUCUUUUACUAAAUGAUUCAUGCAUUGUAAGUAAAUGAAUUCAAUCCACCCAGGAACGAAUGAAUUAACUUUCUACUCCUUUUAGGUACAAUCAAGAUAUUUUCCCUUUCCA